AAGCAUUCCUGUUUGCAAGAGAAUCACAAAUCUUUGCUUACGGUUCACGCUUUAAAAACACAACUCUCAUUCUCCUUCUCUUCACAAACCACUCAUAUUUUUUUUCACAUACUUCUUUGUAGUGCUACUUUCCAUUAUAUCAAACACUCAGCAACCUGAUGGCAACGAGACGGAUAUUGAAAGAAUUGAAGGAGUUGCAAAGAGACCCUCCUGUAUCAUGCAGUGCAGGUCCAACAGGAGAAGAUAUGUUCCACUGGCAAGCUACUAUAAUGGGUCCGAAUGAAAGUCCUUACUCCGGAGGUGUUUUCCUUGUCAAUAUUCAUUUCCCUCCUGAUUAUCCUUUUAAACCUCCCAAGGUUGUAUUCAGAACCAAAGUGUUUCACCCAAACAUCAACAGUAAUGGAAACAUAUGUUUGGACAUUCUCAAAGACCAAUGGAGCCCUGCCCUUACCAUUUCUAAGGUGCUUCUCUCUAUAUGCUCUCUUCUAACAGAUCCAAACCCUGACGACCCUCUGGUGCCAGAGAUAGCUCACAUAUACAAAACUGACAAGACCAAAUAUGAAGCCAUGGCUCGAAGCUGGACCCAGAAGUAUGCCUUGUUUUAAAGCUCACAAUUCCUCUUUUUUUCCUUUUUAUUUUGGUUUGGUCUUAUUUGUAAUAAAAAAAGAAGAAGAAGAAAUUGUUAUAAUUUUAAUACAAACAUAUAUAAUAUAUAAAGUAGAGUUUUCAAAGUUGUUAACUCAUAUGAUUGAUGAGAUAUCGACAUGUAUUAAAUCUAAUUUUGUUAAUAUAUAAAAAAUCUUCUAACCCUAUCGGGAAAAUAAAAUAUAUACAUAAAUCACAAAAAUUAUUUAUAUAAUCAAAAAAUUUAAUUAUAUUUUAUAUAAUAAAAUAAUUCAUAUUAUUAGCGAAUUUGUUUUUUU